AUGUGGCUUUGGCGAAGCAAAUCAAGGAUUCGAUUUCACAACGCAUCGUCCCCAAAAUUUGCUUGCUCUUCCUUCAAAGAUAUACAGGUUCUACUCUCUGAAGAAGACAGCAAUUACAGAUACAAUAAAAUCAGCGCUGGUGACGGUGACAUUGCCCUUGAUUCACCUACUCCAUACAUCAGGAAUCCCUCCGUUUGCCAUCGGGUUCGCAGCUCCAAUUUAUUUCUGCGGACCCUAUCUUUACGACCCGACCCUUCGGAGUCCAAACCUUACGGGGAUGAGGUUCAGGUUCCGGCUCCGGCUCCAUUGCCGGAAAAUGUGGCCGCUGAUGUGAAAUCGGAGUCAGUGAUUAGGAUCCCAAGGACGGAGAAUAUUAUAGUGGUGUACUUUACGAGCUUGCGCGUCGUUCGCCACACAUUCGAGGACUGCAAGACCGUCCUAACAAUCCUGCGUGCCUUCCAUGUGUUUGUUGACGAAAGGGAUGUUUCUAUGGACUCGGGUUACAUUAAGGAGCUGCAGAGGAUCUUUGGUGAAUCUGAGAAAUCCAAAUUAACACUCCCCAAAGUCUUCAUCGGCGGCAGGUACAUUGGUGGUGCUGAGGAGGUGAGGCAGCUCCACGAGAGCGGCGAGCUCAAAAAGUACUUGCAGGAUCUCCUACCAGCGGACGCAUUUGUAUGCAAGGCCUGUGGUGGGUACAGAUUCAUCCUUUGCCAAGAGUGCAAUGGAAGCCAUAAGUAUUACAGCGAGAAAUGUGGCUUUAAGAGUUGUACUUCGUGCAAUGAGAAUGGUCUCAUCAGGUGCCCAUCUUGUUCUUGUGCCUCUUUUUGA